GGGGCUCGGGGACGCGCGACGUCGGCCCCGCGCGCGCGCUGACGUCACCGCGUCCGUCUCCCGGGCGCCCGCGUUGCCUGGGCGACGGCGGGCGCGUCGGAACUAGGGCUGCGGCUGCCUGGAGGCAGGCGCAGUGGACCAGGCGGGCAGAGAGGAUGCGGAGCUGGUGCCUGUGUCAGAUCUGCACGUGCGGGCGACACCGGUGCCCGCAUGGAACCACGAGGAUUUACGAAAACUCUGGCGCCUUUUGCCCGACGACGACGGAAUAUCUGGAAAGCUACCCCACGUAUGGCAACGUCCCCCCAGCCCAGAGUCUCAAGCCCAAGCCAGACGCCCCGGAGGACCGCGGUCAGAUGGAAGGGAUCACGACCUUUAAGUCGGAUUACCGCCCCCACGAGAUAGUCCAGCAGCCUCGCCACCUCCCGGAAGAAUACAAACCCCGAUCGGGGGACAUUGACCUCCACACCACCUACAGGCGGGACUUCAACCCGUACCCCGCGCAGCCCGCGGCCGCGGUCCGGCCCCCGGAGAGACGGCAGGUUCAGAAAGGGAAGCUGGACACCAUCCCCACCUACAAAGACGAUUACAGAGCGUGGGAGCUUCAGAAGAGCCGCCUCUACAAGCCGGAGCGCGCGUACCAGCCCCCGACGGUGAAGUUCGGGAACCCCACCACCUUCCAGGAGGACUUCGUGCCCCGGGCCGCCCCGGGGCCCCGGCAGAGCUUCCGGCCGGCCGCCCCGGCCCCGGGCCCCGCCGCCGCCGCCCCGUUCCUCGGCCUCACCAGCCACCGCCUGGACUUCGUGCCCCACGCGCUCGGACCCCGGCCCGCGCCCGCGCGGCCCCGGCCCGCCCGCCGGCCCAGCCCCCAGCCCUUCCGGGACCAGACCUCGUACUCGGCCGACUUCGUCCCCAAGAAGCAGGAGGUCUGCCCGGCCAGCUACCUGUCCCCGCCGGGCUACGUCUUCCAGACAGCCAACUCCCGGGGCCACCGCUUCUUCCGCAAGGUCGCGCCCGCCUCCUCCUCCAGGCAGGCCUCCUAGAUUGCGGGCCUCCGAGAUUGCAGGCCUCCGAGCUU